UUAUGGAAUUAUGGCGUGGGGAGGACGGCUCAUGUCUUAGCCUGGGCGGUAGGUGCGGCAUUAGCCACAUGCUGCGUUUGCGCUGGAACCUGCUGUGUCACGGUAGGCCCUGUUCCAGGCACCGCGCGCGGGUCUUGUGUAAGCGGCGCUGGUGAAGCAACACGACCAGGCGAGACCUGCCGUCAGGGCCACGGAACGACCUUCUCCUCUGUAGCCCUGCCCUCUGUGAUUACAACACCCAGUUCACAAGGGAUGGCGGUGUCGGUGCGGGGCCUGUACUUCGUGGUCACUCUGUUCCUGGGCAGUUUUUUCGGGAGCAUCUUCAUGCUGGGGCCUUUUCUGCCCCUCAUGCUGCUCUCGCCCGCCUGGUACCGCUGGCUGACCGACCGCAUCGUCGCCACCUGGCUCACGCUGCCCGUGGCUCUGCUGGAGCUGGUGUUUAAGGUGAAGGUGGUGAUUACGGGUGAUGGCUUUGUCCCAGGGGAGCGCAGUGUGAUCAUAAUGAACCAUCGCACGCGGCUGGACUGGAUGUUCCUCUGGUGCUGCCUGCUGCGCUACAGCUACCUGAGGCUGGAGAAGAUCUGCCUCAAGGCCGCACUGAAGGCUGUGCCGGGCUUCGGCUGGGCCAUGCAGGUGGCCUCGUUCAUCUUCAUCCAGCGGCGCUGGGAGGACGACCGGCAGCACAUGGAGAACAUGCUGCAGUACUUCUGCCACAUCAGAGAGCCCCUGCAGCUGCUCAUGUUCCCCGAGGGCACCGACCUCACAGAGAACACCCGGGCGCGGAGCGACGAUUUCGCCCAGAAGAACGGCCUGCCCAAGUACGAGUACGUCCUGCACCCCAGAACCACCGGCUUCACCUUCAUCGUGGACACGCUCCGCAAAGGUGACAACCUGGACGCCAUCCACGACAUCACGGUGGCGUACCCGCAGAACGUGCCGCAGACGGAGCGGCACCUGGUGCUGGGCCUGUUCCCGCGCGAGAUCCACUUCCACGUGCGGCGCUUCCCGGCGGCCGGGCUCCCGCCGGCGGGCCCCGAGCUGCAGGCCUGGUGCCGCGAGCGCUGGGCGGAGAAGGAGCGGCGGCUGAGGGACUUCUACACGGGCGCGCGCGUGUUCGACGCCUCCCGCCGCAGCCGGAUCCCGCCCUGCAAGACGGAGCUGCGCGUGUGGCUGAUCAAGGCCGCCUCGCUGCUGUACUGGAGCGCCUUCAUCGCGCUCAGCUGCGCCGCCCUGCUGCUGUCCCCAGCGCUGCGCGCCUACUUCCUGCUCAUGGUGCUCUUCUACCUGGGCCAGCAGCGGGCGCUGGGCGGGGUGGAGCUGCUGGAGCUGGCCUGCCACCGCCAUUGGACGGGGGGCGGGGCCGGGGGCGGGGGCGGGGACGCGGGGGAGAAGGCCGACGCCCAGAAGGAGCGGUGA